UCUUCCAUCCUUAUCCGAUCCUUUCUCGAUCCCUUUAAACCAUCUUCGCUUUCUUAUUUCUGGCGGUGUUAAUCGUUUUAUCUACAGAUUUGUUGCCUUCUUUUUAGCUGCGAAUGAUUUGAUGGUCGAAGUUUGGUAUUUUAUCCGGUUCUGAUGAUUAGUUGAGCAAAUGGUAGCGUCUCUCAUGUUCCUUGCAUCUCGAUGUUCGAAGCAUGAUUCUGAUGAAUUCAAAUGUCUCUUUUUCAUACAAUAUUCAUUGCUUGACCAUCAAGAGUAGAUGAUCCGAUAGCGGCGUUAUUUUAUGGUUGAAUUUCACAUUUUUGGUAGAUUUAUGUUCAUCUUUUUAAUUGAUCGAGCAAUGUUUUCAAGUGUUAUGUUUAUAUUCGUCUUACAAGGAUUAAUCGGCGAUAUGCUGUUUGGAAUCAGGGAGUGGAAGGGACUUGAUUCCGUAGGAGAGGGAAAGGAGACAUCAAGGUGAUCAUGGAUAGGCAGAGAACUCAUGAUUGGGAGACUCAUGGAAAGAGCAAUGAUAUAGAUGAGAGCACACCGAUCAACAAAGUUAAAGGUCCUAAUGUGUUUGAACGAGCAAAGGAAGAGAUUGAAGCCCUUGUAGAAGCUCUCCACCCCAAGAGGAGUCCUGAACAUGAGCAUCAUGAAAGGAAUUAUGAGAAUGAAGUAGAAUCAUCCAAUUUACUUGAGAGAGCAAAGAAAGGGACUGAUGAACCUGUGCACAGGGGGAAAACACACCAUAAAGAGACUCAUGGUAUGAGCAAUGAUAUUGAUGAGAACACUCCUAUUGGUGAAGUUGUAGGCCCAAACGUGUUUGAACGAGCCAAGGAAGAAAUUGAGGCCCUUGUGGAAGCAAUUCGUCCAAAAAAAGAAUCAGACAAUAAGCCACAAUAAAAGAUGUCUAUUGCAAAAAGGUGUUCUUGAGAAGGUGUGAAGACAGUUGACAAAGCUCAAGUGUUUCACAGUCCAAUGUGCACAUUGGACUGUCUUCUUCAGAGCACAUUGUCAUAUCAUACACACGUUGAUAGUCCAAUGUGCCGGAUUUCUACCAACACAACACCGAAUUAUUGUCAACAUUGACAGUCUGAACUUGUUCUGUCAGAAAAGGAAACAAGAUUGGUGAUUUAGAUCUGCCAUGAAGCAUCGAAUGUCUUUGUGAUAGAAACAUGAUCAGAUACAGGGGACGAAGAAUGCUUCUCUUUGUUUGACUUCCUAUUUACUGUAUGUACAACUUGGAUACCCUCAAUUUCCUGUUGAGAACA